AUUCUUACCGUCAUUAUCUCUUGAACGUAAUUUCUAUAAAUGACGGGAGUUUAGAUUGAAAGUCACAUUACUAAUCACAAUGUUCUUCAAGCUUGUAUUGUUAGUUACCUUUUUGAUUCUGCAGGUACAUUUUUCAACGACUUUCAGCGACCGCGUACCACGGGUUCCAUAUGACGGAUAUGUCGACAUUAACGGUGACCAGUACUACAUCAAGACAGAUGAUUACGCGUUGAGAGACAACGCUUCAGCAACUUGUAAGGCACUUAAGAUGCAGCUGAUAACUUUUGAGACAUUGGAAAAAUGGGAUAUUAUUCAAAACUGGGCCUCAUCAAACGGCUUUUUCUACGACUGGUUCUGGAUUGGAGCUGAGAGGGUGAAUUCGACCGAUUGGCGCUGGGAGGGUUCUGGGCACAAAAUCACCGAGCACCGUUGGGCAUUGAAUCAACCCAAUUUGGAGUGGACGGCGUUUCCGAGUAUAUGUCUCGACUUCACCCCUGUUGACGGCGGCUGGAGUGAUGAUUAUUGCGGUAAUUAUUAUGGUGGAAUUUUCUGUGAACCUAAAAAUGCUGUAGAAAUAAAUCUUCCUUAAAUAUAAUUGUGCAAAAUUUUUAAUUAAAAAAAUUA